GUGAAUGAAUUGACCUUUCAUGACAAAAUGGCGCGAUAUACAAACUAGCUGAGUUCAGGACUAUUAAAGUGUUGAUUUGAUGACAUUAUUUAAGUUAUUAAAUUUCCCCCUUUACAGGUAGGCUGAGUAUGAAGUAAACUGAACGUUUGAAAUCAAAUAUGAGGAGAUCUGCUGCACCAAGUCAGGGAUCUCAGGCCAAGAAACCAAGGUUUAAUGUUCCAUUCAAGAUUACUGAUGAAAAUACGAUACAAAAAUUGCCAGAAUUUCAGAAAAGGGUACCUGCAACAAAUGAAAACAAAUCUUCCUUCCUAGCCAGUGAUGAAACAGGAGACAAACAACAGACCGCUGAGAAAAUUCAUUCAAGCAUAUCCUUGCCUAGCUGUCAGACAACAGCUGGGAAUGGUGUCCAUCGCUCAAGACAUUUUGCAGUCAUGUGGUGUAAACUUUCAAAGAAAAAGCAUAAAAAGUGGGAAGGUGAUGCUAUCCUGGUAACACAAGGAAGAAAUGCCACAUUGUACGAUACUGAAGGCAAAAUAAUAGGUAAAGGAACAGGAUACAAAUGUGCUGAGCUAGAGGCACUGAAAGAGGAUGAAAGCCUGACGAUAGGUGCCAAGGAAAUACAGGUGAUGUCAUUGAUGACUGAAGAGCACUUUACAUCUGGAAAAUGUUUCUCCUCAUUGGUAGAUACUGCCAGGGUCAACACAGUGCCAGACAGACCAGUGGUUUCUGUUGGAGAGAAGACAUUUGUCAACCCACUGAAAGGAGAGAAAGCAGUUGGUACAAAUUCAUUCUCCUCCACCCCUCGACAUGAUCCAUAUGCACCUAAUAAUCUUGUCAUGCCCAGACCCAGUGCAGCUCAUCAAUGGCAGUACAAUAAGAGGAACAUGCCUGUAGUGGAUGUGGUGGUGGAUCCCUAUCUGUCAGUUCACCUAAGACCACACCAGAGGGAGGGUGUGAUAUUUCUCUACGAGUGUGUUAUGGGUUUCCGAAAUGUUUCAGCAAGGGGAGCCAUCUUGGCGGAUGAUAUGGGGCUUGGAAAAACAUUACAAAGCAUUUCUCUCAUUUGGACACUGUACAAACAAGGACCUUAUGGUGGUAAACCUGUAAUAAGAAGAGCUCUCAUCAUAACACCAGGAAGUCUAGUCAAAAACUGGUUUCAAGAGAUGAAGAAAUGGCUGGGGACAGAGAGGUUGAAGGCAUUUGCUGUUAGUGCUGAAAAUAGGAUUGAGGAAUUUAUGAACACUUCCAUAUAUCCCAUUGUGAUAAUUUCCUAUGAGAUGUUUGUACGAGUGUAUGAAAAGUUGCAAUCCAUACAGUUUGAUAUCAUUAUUUGUGAUGAAGGUCAUAGACUGAAAAAUAGCAGUAUCAAAACAACGUCUUUAAUUGCCAGUAUGCCAACACAGAGACGGGUUGUUCUAACAGGAACCCCAAUACAAAAUGAUUUACAGGAAUUUUACUCCAUAGUGGAAUUCUGCAAUCCAGGAGUACUAGGUUCUUCUUCAUCAUUCAAAAGAGUGUUUGAAACCCCCAUUGUUGCUUCUCGUCAGCCAGGUGCCUCACCUGAGGAGGUGGAAUUGGGAGCAGAGAGAGGAAGUGAACUCAGUCGAUUUACUAAACUGUUUCUCCUGAGACGGACACAGGAAAUCAACACUAAAUACCUACCUCCCAAAUGUGAGAUAGUGCUUUUCUGUCAGCCCACUGACCUACAAUUGAGGUUGUACUGCCAGAUGUUGCAGGGGAAGAUGUUUCGAUCCUGUCUUAGAAAUGAUGGAGCUUCACAUCUGGUCUGCAUAGGAGCCCUGAAGAAGCUUUGUAACCAUCCCAGUCUGAUCUUCACCAAAGCCCGUCAGGCUGAAGAAUGUCCAGAGGACUUGGAGGAGGGGUCAGUGUAUAGUGGCUUGUCCUCCCUCUUCCCCCUAGGAUACCAGGAAGAUGACUGCUCGGUAGAACAUACAGGGAAAUUGAAAGUUUUGUCGGAAAUUCUGAAACAAAUAUGCAUAAAUUCAGAAAAGAUUGUGAUAGUGUCCAAUCACACGAAGACUUUGGACAUCUUGCAGCAGUUUUGUUCAAAUUGUGGUUAUGGAUAUUUACGACUGGAUGGUCAAACUCCCACUAACACACGCCAAGAUAUUGUCACCAAGUUCAACAGCAGGAAUUGUGUUGAAAAGGUAUUCCUGUUAAGCUCCAAAGCUGGAGGAGUAGGCUUGAACCUUGUUGGGGCAUCUCGUCUCCUGCUCUAUGACGUGGACUGGAACCCUGCCAAUGAUUUACAAGCCAUGGCAAGGGUAUGGAGAGAUGGACAAAAAAGACAGAUUUACAUCUACAGACUCCUUACAACUGGGACAAUUGAGGAGAAGAUUUAUCAGCGUCAGAUCAGCAAGCAGGGGUUAAGUGGUGCCAUCAUGGACCUUAAAAACAAGAGGGGAGCUCAGUUCUCUGCAGAGGAACUAAAAGACUUAUUUUCAUUGAAUGAGAACACUGAGAGUGACACACAUGAUCUCCUGAAAUGUAAUUGUCAAGGAGGGGGGAAAAUAGGAACACCUGAACCCAUCUCCGUGCAAACUACAAGAUCAUGUCAGCUGGGAAUAGCUCCUUCUAAUCAGAAAAGCAAGACACUGGGUAUGGAAGAACUUCUGGACUGGAAGCAUGUAUCUGGAAAUGUUCUAAAUGAAAAGACGGACUGGUUACUCGGAGAUGCCACCUCCUCUAUUACAUUCAGUUUUUGGCAAGAAACCAACACUGAAAAUUCUGCAUCAUCUACAGAUUGAACUUUAAUAAUACCUACUGUAUGUGUGUGAACUUAUUUUAGUGUGUACAUAUUAUCAAGAAUUAGUGUUUGUUGCAUGUGACAAUGGAUAGAUGGAGAAUUUCAUAAUUUGGUGCAACCAUAAAUUAGCCUCUUGCCUCCAUGUUACAGGCCAGUAAAAUGAUGGAUUCCACUUAAAUAAGUACAGAGACAUGAAUUUAAUGAAAGAAUAAGAAAUGUACAAUACACAUAUUAUGUUUAAACACACUGUGUGCAAGUACAUAUACAACAUUUUUUCAAAGUAAUUUUUAUGCACAAUAAAUGUUACAAAAAUCCUCAUCAUAGUCAUUUCUAAAUAUUAUCAACUACAUUUACAGAUGAUAUACUGUGCAUUUGAACUGACAAACAAUCAGCAAAGUUCAAGAGAUGCAUUUCCAACAUCAACACCAUUCCUCUUGAUCAGUAGGCAUAUUUUUAAUGAGACCCUGAAUUCUACCUAGGAUAAUUUCAUUUGUACUGCGACAAUUUUCUGCUCCAUAAGGUGGUUCAAUAAACAGUGCAUCAGAAAUCGACAAGAGUUCAUUAUUACUUCCCGUCACCUGCACAGGCAAACGAUUUUUCAGAAGCCAGCUUUUCAGUCUAUUCUUUCUUUUUUCCAGUUCCUCCUCUGAAAGCAUUUGAACUUCAGGUGGUCUAAACAUGGCUUCUAUUCUUUUCUUGUAAGUUUCAGAGUUUUCAUCCAAAAUAGAGACGUGCCUGACACUUGGUCCCAUAACUAUGUCCAACUCUGUUUUGUCAUCUGUAAAUGACAACAAAACAAAGCUCUCUGAGACUGGGUCAAUUGUGUACACCCAUCCUAUGACCUCUUUUCCAUCUUCUUUUAGAACACUGACCUGUUUGUUGAGAUACUGCAUUAAAUCUUCAGGGUCACGCUUAAAAAUUGGAUGCACAGUUCCAUUUACUUCCUCUGCCAUUUUUCAA